AUGGAUUCUCGAAGGCUUUACGUGUGGGCAUCGCUCUUUGGAUUGCCAUUGGCAGCAGUGCUCAUUGUGAUCUCGUUGCCGUUCUUUUUAUUCUCAAUCGGUGCUGCAUACUGUAUCGCAUGGAUGCUCUAUUUGCGUAUGGCACAAACGGAUGCAAAGUUCAACCUUCCUCUUAAUCCAUCACGGGUCUACAAGGCCAACGUCGCUUUUGUGCAGCUGCUGGUGGGUUGGAUAACUGAUUUGCCCUUGAUUGUUACCUACUUGCACUGGAGAUGGCUCGUGCGUAAGGAUUUUCCUCAGUUGAUCAAGCGAGACAUCCAAUACUCGAAAGCCCAUCCUUCAUGCAAGCUUGAUACGUAUCGUCCCAGUCGCGAGCGUGCACCUAUCAUUGUCUUUAUAUACGGUGGUUCAUGGUCAUCAGGCUCCAAAUUCAUCUAUACACCUUUGGCAAAUACUUUGCGAGAACUUGGAUGUGCUGUGGUGGUUCCUGAUUAUCGUAAAUACCCUCUCGUCAAGGUGGCUUCCAUGUAUGAGGAUGUACGAUCCAGUAUCCAGUGGGCAUAUGAUCAUGCUGAAGAAUUCAAUGGCGAUCGUGACAAUAUCUUUGUGAUGGGCCACAGCGCUGGUGCACAUCUCAUUACACAGACGAUUUUAUCCGAUCUUAUCAGCAAAGUUCAAAAGGAGGAUUCUGAUAGACGUACGCUGCCUGUUGUGCAAGGUGUCAUCUUGCUCGCUGGUGUUUAUUCAAUUGAGCGUCAUUUGGCAUUCGAGACUAAGCGAGGUGUCGACAAAUUAUCGGCCAUGUCACGUGCAAUGGGGUCAUCCGUUGAAGGAUAUGCAGAGAAUUCGCCAUAUGACCUAGUCCAGGAACAUGAAGAGCUUUUUGCAACGUCAUCCACACUUCUCGAAUCUCUACCAAAGAUCUUAUUUAUUCAUGGCGAUGCUGAUACAACUGUGCCUCGUGAGCAAUCUGUCGACAUGUACAACAUGUUUGGACAAGUAUUAUCGCCCGAACGGCGUGAACAGGUGGACAUCCGCAUUCGUUUGCAUAAACGUUUGAAGCAUGCUCAAUGCGUAACAGCGUUGAUGCCAAACAAGUUUGGCGAGGAUCGAUUGUUCAAAUCACUCACAGGAGAUAUCCAAGAAUUUGUUGGCCUUUCAUCAUCAGAUUCCCAUUGA